CCUGAAGCUUUAGAUUUCAUCCUGAAACGGGGAAGUGAGGGACCUAGAGUAAGCAGUGUGUGACUGUUCUUAUUCUAAAGCCCAGAGACUCUGCAAGCAAGUACUUCCCCCUUUGAGCGCUUUCUGACUGCUCAGCUCACACACAGUCGGUUGUAACACUGUCAGGCUAGUCCAGACAAAACACUUGCUCACACUUCAGUCCCCAGUGAACUACCUAGCCACUGACCCUCCCAUCCCAUCCAUGUGCCACUCUGUCUCACCCCCUCUUUUAGUAUCUCUCCCUCUCUCUCGUUGACUCUCUCUCUCUCCUCUCGCUCCUCUCUCUCAGUCUCCAUCCAUUCCCUGCUAGGGAUGCGGCUGCCAUAGCAACUGCUGAGUCACUCCCGGCUCUCUGCUCUCAGCUGCCGUCCUCUAAUGUGAUUGUUUUAGUGAGGGUGGCACCCAGGCCCUCAGUCAUCCACCCCGCCUGCAUGCGUGAGCAUAUUGAUCAGAGUGCUACAACACCUAUAUUUGUUGCAGUCGAUUCAGUCGAACGUAAAGAUCCAUCACUGCGGGUGUCGGAGCUAGAUGACCCUGGGGGAGUUCUACAGGUCGUACGGGAGCCUUUCAGAUGGGUAACUUUCCCACCACGGUGAAGCACUGCCUGAGCUACGAGGAACUAAUCCAGGAUUAUCCAUGGCUAGCACGCUGGCUGCAGGAGGAGAAGCGAGCUUUAACACAUGAAUACCCAGAGUAUGUUAAAAUUGUUGAAGUCGGGCCAAGAGACGGACUUCAAAAUGAAAAGGAAAUGGUUCCAACAGGAGUCAAAAUCCAGCUGAUAGACAUGCUCUCAGAAACAGGCCUGCCUGUGAUCGAGGCCACCAGUUUUGUGUCUUCAAAGUGGGUACCGCAGAUGGCGGACCACACUGAAGUACUUCAAGCCAUCCACAGAUCUUCUCAUGUUCGUUAUCCAGUUCUGACACCCAACAUGCAUGGCUUUCAGGAUGCUGUUGCAGCUGGUGCUACUGAAGUGGCCGUGUUUGGGUCUGCAUCUGAGACCUUCAGUAGGAAAAACAUCAACUGCUCUAUAGAUGAGAGCAUUCUGAGGUUCGAGGAAGUCAUUUGCACUGCCAAACAACGACAGAUUCCAGUCCGUGGAUAUGUUUCUUGUGCACUAGGAUGUCCAUAUGAGGGACCCAUUGAAUCCACUAAAGUUGCAGAGGUGGUGAAGAGGUUGUAUGAACUGGGCUGCUACGAGGUGUCUCUGGGGGAUACUAUCGGCGUGGGCACCCCAGGCUCCAUGGCCAAGAUGUUACACAGCGUCAAGAAGGAGGUACCCAGCAGCGCUCUGGCCGUUCACUGCCAUGACACUUACGGCCAGGCCCUGGCCAACAUCCUAACCGCACUGCAGAUGGGGAUUUGUACAGUGGACUCGUCUGUAGCAGGUUUGGGAGGGUGCCCAUAUGCCCAGGGGGCCUCUGGCAACGUGUCAACAGAAGAUGUUCUCUAUAUGCUCCAUGGGAUGGGCAUUAAAACCGGAGUGGAUCUCUCCAAAGUAAUCGAGGCAGGUGACUUCAUCUGCAAAGCCUUAAACCGCAAGACCAACUCCAAGGUAGCCCAAGCAAGAGGCGAUUACUCUGUGCAUUGCCGCAUGAAGAAGAUAAAUACUUGACACCUUGUCCUUUUGAACAUUGUUCCUUUUCCUGCUGCAUAUAGAUAGCAAAUUAUACAAUACAAAGUGCACUAUACUUCAUUUUUUGGACAAAAAUGUGUAUCCAUUUAGCAGAGGCACUUUAUUAAAGUGUUAAUGGAUAAGGCCUACUUAAAUUCAAGAAAUAACUGUAAACUUUUCAAACCAAAUAACUUGUAUCACUGUCUGAAUGGAGGUAAAAGAGAUGACUCCUCACUAAGUUGUGAAAGUUAUUCAUGAUGUUUCUGUUUGGGGUCUCUUCCCAUUCAUUUCCAGCUCAAUGUGGUUACAAUUAGACAAGGGGACCUGAGAGGGUUAAGGGAGUCCUGCUGGGUUUAAAACCAGUGUGGGUCGAUCAUUAUCUCCCUCAAAAUGUAUUUUCAUUUCCUAAGUCGCUUGCUCUGUCAAGAUGGAAGUAUGUAUGCCUUCACAUGUGAAAUAUGUAUUUGUUUUCUCUCUCUUCAUCCUUCUCACCAGUGCAUGACCCCAUUCCAUAAGUUGGAUAAGGUCAUUCAUUAAUUGUAUUUUUUAGAGUUAAAUGGACAGUAGUUGGCAGCUUUAUGUUGAACUAUUGUAUUUGCAAUAGUCAGAAGGGACAAAGGUAUUUUAGCUGGUGAAGCAUCUCAUCCGCUACUUUUGGUAGAAGUAGGCCUGACAAUAUCUAUAAGAACACUGAACAAUAUCAAAUAUUGGUAAAUUAAAUCCCGACAUUAACUUGGUUGUAUAACAAAGCAUUUAACCUCCCUUCCACUUGACAGUCCUCCUUUUUCAACGCCUUACUCUUGCAGAUAAGUUGAGCAAAUGUCAAUAUCCAUGAGUAAAGUAUUUUAUUAAUUUGCUUUUUGAUAGUAAUGAAUGUACUGUAGUAUUAUGUAUUGUGUGAGUAUUAUGUGUUGAGUGACAAAGUGCUAUAAUAAUAAGUAAUAUAUUGACUGUAUGUAGUGCCUUUAUUCUAUGGGUUCAAGAAGAGUGACAUAUAUAUGAUAAAUUAAAUGAAGAGUUAAUAGUUAAUAGCUAAUAAAUAGUUAGAAAAGUAAUUUUGUUUUUGCAAACCAAGGUAACUUGGUGAAUCCAACAUGCUUAUUACAUAAAGAUAAUAAAGGUUGAUUAAACAAA